AUGCAGCUGCAGCUGUCCUGUUUAUGGGUUCAACCUGUAGCAAAGCUGAGCACGUGUCCCACAGAUACACAGACAGGGCUGGUCACACAGACUGCUGCAGACAAGGCGCUGCCUUCAGCAGCACCCACAUGUCAAAAGGUGUGCUAUGGUGACUUCAAGCGUUCUUGUUACAAGAUAGCUUAUUUCCAGGACUUGUCCAGACGUGUGGGUUUUCAGGAGGCCCGCCAAGCUUGUGAAAUUGAUGGCGGGGCUUUACUGAGCUUAGAAAGUGAAGCUGAGCAGCAACUAAUAGAGAACAUGUUGCAAAACCUCACAAAGUCAGGCUCUGGGAUUUCUGAUGGAGAUUUCUGGAUUGGGUUGUGGAGAAGCAGUGAUGGACUAGCCACCUCAAGCGCUUGCCCUGACCUCUACCAGUGGGCUGAUGGAAGUAUUUCACCAUUCAGAAAUUGGUACACAGAUGAGCCUUCCUGUGGAAGUGAAGCCUGUGUUGUGAUGUAUCAUCAGCCAACUGCAAAUCCUGGUCUGGGAGGGCCAUAUCUUUAUCAGUGGAAUGAUGACAGAUGCAACAUGAAGCACAAUUUUAUCUGCAAGUAUGGCCCAGAUAAUGUCUUAGAAAAAGAAUUAGGAGACAGAGCAGAGCCAGAUUACGGUAUUUUUCCAACAGUGCCAGCAGGAAAUCCAUAUGACACUCAGAAACCAGAAGAUCAGUAUCACGUUAUAGCUACUGAAACAGGUAUAAUUCCAAAUCUAAUUUAUGUUGUAAUACCCACUAUACCACUACUGCUGUUGAUACUGGUGGCUUUUGGGACUUGCUGUUUCCAGAUGCUUCAUAAAAGUAAAGGAAGAACAAAAACAAGUCCAAACCAGUCCACACUAUGGAUUUCAAAGACGCCUAGGAAGGACAGUAGCAUGGAGGUAUAAUGAUUUACUGACUGAAAGCAAAGCAAAAAUAACAUUUUGCAGUCAGGCUGUAUUAUAAUGUCAUCUAAGAACAUUAGCUUGGAAUGGCUUGAAAAUGCAAAGGAUCUACAAGAAUGAACUCUAAGCUUCCCUUGAGGCAAAUGUUCAGAUCAUUUUUAUAUACUGUUUGAUUAUUAAUUCAGUAACAAAAUAUGCCAUGCUAAAUAAAGGGUAUGUGUUUAUUUUGCUAA